CAAAUAAACUCGGGCCGUCGAAAAUAACGAUCAGAGGGUCAAACAGAAGGAAAACAAAACAUGGGAACUUGCUAGGCCUUUGUAGUGCCAUUUAUUAACCUAUUAAUUUUUAUUUUUGACACAAAAUACACAUAGAAGAAAUGAUUAAAUCAGUAACACGACACAGAGAAUUCACCGGUCCAACGCCUCACAGCGUAGCUAUUCUUGCCCGUCCCACUAACAAAAGACCUGCAGAGCAUCUUAUUCUUGAGAGAAGGCGAAUUGAAGAUUUACGUGAACAAUCCAUAGCAGAAUCAAAGUACAACAAACAAUGUGAUUUAAGAUCAGCAUGGGAAAAAACGACAGACAAAAGAAUCCUCAAAAAUGGCAUCAAACGAGAGAUGAAAAAAUAUUUUCAAAUGGAAAAGAUAUCUCUAGAACAAAGACGGGAUAAACUUCGAUGUAUGCUGUUGGCAGAGGAGGAGCAGUACAUCCAAGAGAUGGAAGCCAUGGAGGAGACCCUGGAAGAGAGGCAAAAUAAAAUGAAGGAACGUGCUAAGUAUUUAAAAGAAAAACGUGAGACCGAAAGACAACAGUAUGUAGCAGAGAAGAUAGAUCAGCAGUUUCGGGAAGAAUGCGAAGAAUUACGAUCAGAACUAAGUAAACAAAAUCGUGACGAAAUCUUCUCUGAUCGAGAAGAACAAAUCCGCAUGAGAAACGAAAAAACGAAACGUGAGAACGAAGUAGAGGAGUUCUACGCCAAUCUCUGGGAACAAGACACAAAAGCUAAAGCGCAACGUGAAGAACUCGAGACCGCAGAACAAAUAGAAAGAAACAGGCUAACGUUAGAGAUUCUCAACUUGCAACGGAUUGCAACGGAAACACAACGAGAGGAAGAGAGAGAAGUAAAAAAGCUUGAAGCAGAGUGGCUGAAAGAAGAAGCUGCUCUUCGUGAAUAUGAAGAAGAACAAUUACGGAAGGAGAAGAAGGAGAAGCAGCGCGCUGCAAGAAGAGCCCGUGACAUUUCACUUAAACUCAAAAACAGGAAAGAAGCGAAAGAAAAACAAGAGCAACUCGCUAUGGACAUAAAAAUUUCAGAACAAGUUUUAAAAGACACGCAGAAUAAAGAGAUGGAAGAUCAAAAUAAAAAAACGCAGAUGCGCGAAGAGAUGCAACGGUUUAUGCAUUAUGUUGAGAAGAGUCGUCAAGAAGAAGCCGAGAGAGAGAAACAAGUGGAACAACUAGUGAAUGAAGAAGUUGAGAAACAAUGGCAGAAGAAAGAUACCCGCAAGCGAAUGGAAAGAGACGCACGCAAAGUGUUGUUGCAUAACGUGUUACAGACGCGCGAAAUCCAGAUUCAAGAAAGAGCUGAGAUUCUGCGCAGCGAGCAGGAAGCGGCAUUAAAAGAGAGGAAGGAAUUACGCGACCAAAUGGAAGAGCAUCGCAGGCUAGAAAAGGAACGGAUAAGUAGAAUACGACAUGAAAAUCGACAGUACAAAAACGACCUCGAACAGCAAAUCAACUAUCAACGAAAUUUAAAAGCAAAAGAAAUCGGAGAAGCCAAAAAAGAAUUAGAAUCGUUACAGAACGCCGAGAAGAUCUACCAACGACGACUACGCUCUGCUCUUGAUAGACCUGAUCGUAGAAAGCAACAUCCACUACGUAUAACGGGAAAUAGCUUUGGUAGUCGAGCAAAAAGUUGUUGAUUGUUUCGUAAAUACAUUUAUAUAUUCUCUUCUAUAUAUUCUAUUUUUUGUGAUUUAUAAACAUUAUAUUUAAUUUUCAA